CAGGUAAUGUAAUUAAUGAUCAUUUGAAAUACAUGCCGAAUAAAAACAAUGUGACAGAGUUUAUUCUACUGGGGCUUACAGAGAAUCCAAAGAUGCAGAAAAUCAUAUUUGUUGUGUUUUCUGUCAUCUACAUCACUACCAUGAUAGGAAAUGUGCUCAUUUUGGUCACCAUCACUGCCAGCCCAUCAUUGGGGUCCCCCAUGUACUUUUUCCUGGCCCAUCUCUCCUUUAUUGAUGCCUGCUAUUCCUCCGUCAAUGCCCCUAAGCUGAUCACAGAUUCACUCUAUGAAAAGAAGACCAUCCUAUUCAGUGGAUGCAUGACUCAAGUCUUUGGAGAACAUUUUUUUGGAGGUGUUGAGGUUAUCCUACUUACUGUAAUGGCCUAUGACCGAUAUGUGGCCAUCUGCAAGCCCUUGCACUAUACCACCAUCAUGAAGCAGUGUGUGUGUAGCCUGCUAGUCAGUGUGUCAUGGGUAGGAGGCUUUCUUCAUGCAACCAUACAGAUCCUCUUCAUCUUCCAAUUACCUUUCUGUGGUCCUAAUGUCAUAGAUCACUUUAUGUGUGAUCUGAACCCUUUGCUCAAUCUUGCCUGCACUAAUACCCACUCUCUAGGACUGUUUGUUGCUGCCAACAGUGGGCUCAUAUGCCUGCUAAAUUUUCUCUUGCUCCUGGUCUCCUAUGUGAUUAUACUGUACUCCCUAAGGACCCACAGCUUGGAGGCAAGGCACAAAGCCCUCUCUACCUGUAUCUCCCACAUCACAGUUGUCAUCUUAAUCUUUGUGCCCUGCAUAUUUGUGUACAUGAGACCUGCAGCUACUUUGCCUAUUGAUAAAGCAGUUGCUGUAUUCUACACUAUGAUAACUCCAAUGUUAAACCCCUUAAUCUAUACCCUGAGGAAUGCUCAGAUGAAAAAUGCCAUUAGGAAAUUGUAUAGUAGAAAAGCUAUUUCAAGUGCCAAAUCAAUGUGACUGGAGCCCAACUGAGACAAGGGACAAAAGGAUAUUUUGGAUAAUGUCAGCAAGGAAUACUUAUGGAUAAAGAAAAUAAUUAACCACUGUGAUUCAUAGAUUAUGCCUUGAUGGGAGUCGAAAUGGGGUUAAGAAAAGGGAGAAAACCUAACCAAGUAUCAUUCUCACAAAUUGGAAAAAUACUAUCAAUUUGGGGCUUAGUUUCACUAGCCUCAUCCAUGUGUAUGAAACUUACAGGCCUUCCUUCUAAUAACUGUGAAAUAAGUAAUAAAAUAAAUAUAUUGAUAUUAAGCAAUAAUGUCCAUAACACUGAGGGAGGCAUUACUCUUACCCCCAUUUAACAAGUGAGGAAACUGGGAGAAGAGGACAGUAUCAAAACAGAAGUAUUAAAUAGACAGCAACCAGAAUCCCACCGAUUUCCCAAACUGUAUGCUUAACUACGAUGGUACCCUGCCAGGCAAUGAUGAGAGAAAAUCAGAUCAUUUUAACAGUUGUCACUUAUUGGGACAGGGACUAUGCUGGACACAUUGUAUAUAUUAGUUCAUUAAAAAUACAACAUUUUUAUUAAUAAUUCUUUUUUAUAUAUCAAAUUGAUGGUCUUUGUUUUCUGAAACAUUAUCAUAACUAACCACUUCAGGGCUAUAAAAGCAAAGAACCAUUUAGCGUCUGAUGAGUAAACAGUGAAGUUUAUACCAUGAUUCCAAAUUUCUCUGUAGGCUUCAGAACCAUUAUGUAUUACUCACAUUACCUUUUUUAUACUGAUAAUCCACCAGAAAGAGUGAUGGUUCAAAUAAAGAAGAUGUUUUGAUAUCAAGGAGAAAUUUCUAUUUAUUAAAUAUACAGUUAUACUCCAUAAAGUACUUACCGGCUAGAUAACAAUAGUUCCUACAAAAUACCAUGUCUGGCAUAGCAUAAACAUUCAAUCAAUGAAUUAAAGGAUUAAUGAAAAUAAAUAAAUUCAAUAAAAUAUAAAGCAAAAGUAGUGCCAGAAGCUAGGAAAGUUUUUUCUACCUUCAGUCCGAGAAUCCUAGUUGGACCUUAGAAGACAGAUAUAAUUGGAAUAAAAUUAAUUUUAAAAUAUAGAAAAUACAUAAAUACAAGGGUUGGUUCUUUAUAAAAAUUAAUAAAACUCAUAUCCCUAGCAAAACCUCUGCUUUGAAAAACAUAGCUUUCUAUUUUUAUCAUUCAAAAAUGUCUCUGCAAAAAAAAUUAGUUCGACUGAAUAAAGGAAAUACAUGCAUCCUCCAUAUGCAAAGAGUCUUACAAAUUAAUUAGAAAUCAUUCAGCUACAAAAUGGGCAAAGGACAAGAACUAUUUCCAAAAGAAGAAUGAAUGGUCAAUAUACAUAUAAAAAACUUUCAACUUCAUUAGUAACCAUAGAAAUGUAAAUUUAAAAUAUUUUGUAUGCCAGGCAUGGUGGUUCAUGCCUGUAAUCCCAGCACUUUGGGAGGCCGAGGCGGGUGGAUCACAAGGUCAAGAUAUCGAGACCAUCCUGGUCAACAAGGUGAAACCCCGUCUCUACUAAAAAUACAAAAAAUUAGCUGGGCAUGGUGGCACAUGCCUGUAAUCCCAGCUACUCAAGAGGCUGAGGCAGGAGAAUUGCCUGAACCCAGGAGGCAGAGGCUGCGGUGAGCCAAGAUCAUGCCAUUGCAUUCCAGGCUGGGUAACA